GUGAAAAUGGCGACGCCUCGUCGCUCCUCUCAGCAGCAGCAGCCGAACUCAUUGCUUUCCUCCCCGCCCCGCGGCUCCUCUCGCCCCGCCACCCCUCCUGGCUGUCCGGCUGCACCCACCGACGAUGCCACCUCGCUUUCCCGAAGAGCCGCGUUGGACAACCAGGCUGACGGAGAGGCAGCCCCUUCAUCUCCCACCACCACCUCCCCAGCUCUGGCCCUCUCCGCCAGCAGCAGCAGCACUAACAGCAGCGCUAGCUCACCGACAACCACCGAGGGUAGCGGGACCAGCCCCGGCUCUACGCCCGACUCGGGCAGCGGUGAUGCAGCCAGCAGCAGUAGCAGUAGCGGCUGUGGUUCAAACGGGACUUUCAGGGAGUUGUUUGAAGCCUGUCGAAACGGGGAUGUUUCGAGGGUGAAGAAACUCGUGGAUGCGCUGAAUGUUAACGCCAAAGACAUGGCAGGACGCAAGUCUACACCCCUGCAUUUCGCUGCAGGUUUUGGGCGGAGGGAUGUGGUGGACCACCUGCUUCAGACGGGCGCUAAUGUGCAUGCUCGGGAUGAUGGGGGUCUGAUCCCGCUUCACAACGCCUGCUCAUUUGGUCAUUCCGAGGUGGUGUCCUUGUUGCUGUGUCAGGGGGCGGACCCUAAUGCUCGAGACAACUGGAACUACACGCCACUCCAUGAAGCUGCCAUCAAGGGCAAGAUAGACGUCUGUAUAGUGUUGCUGCAGCAUGGAGCCGACCCCAACAUCCGCAACACUGACGGGAAGUCUGCCCUGGACCUGGCUGAACCCUCCGCCAAGGCCGUGCUCACAGGUGAAUACAAGAAGGAUGAGCUGCUGGAGGCGGCGAGGAGUGGAAACGAGGAGAAGCUAAUGGCCUUGCUCACACCGCUCAACGUCAACUGCCACGCAAGCGACGGCCGCAAGUCCACUCCACUCCACUUGGCAGCAGGAUACAACAGGGUGAGGAUAGUUCAGCUGUUACUACAGCACGGAGCAGAUGUUCACGCCAAGGACAAGGGUGGUCUGGUGCCUCUGCAUAAUGCCUGCUCCUAUGGACACUAUGAAGUUACUGAACUGCUGCUAAAGCAUGGUGCAUGUGUGAACGCCAUGGAUCUUUGGCAGUUUACCCCUCUCCAUGAAGCGGCAUCUAAAAACCGAGUGGAGGUCUGCUCUCUGCUGCUGAGCCACGGGGCCGACCCGACCCUGCUCAACUGCCACAGCAAGAGCUCCGUAGACAUGGCGCCCACUCCCGAGCUGAAGGAACGACUAACAUACGAGUUUAAGGGCCACUCGCUGCUCCAAGCUGCUCGCGAAGCUGACAUGACGAAGGCUAAGAAGACCCUGGCGCUGGAGAUCAUUAACUUCAAACACCCGCACACACACGAGACAGCACUGCAUUGCGCGGUAGCAUCUCCGCACCCAAAGAGGAAACAGGUGACAGAGCUGCUGUUGAGGAAAGGCGCCAACAUAAAUGAGAAGAAUAAAGAUUUCAUGACUCCUCUUCACGUGGCAGCAGAACGUGCUCAUAAUGACAUCAUGGAGGUGCUACAGAAACAUGGUGCUAAGGUGAACGCCGUGGACACGCUGGGUCAGACGGCGCUGCACCGCGCAGCGAUGGCGGGCCACUUACAGACCUGCAGGCUGUUGCUAGGAUACGGGGCAGACGCCUCGCUGGUGUCGCUGCAGGGCUUCACUGCUGCUCAGAUGGGAAAUGAAGCUGUGCAGCAAAUACUCAACGAGAACGUGCCGGUGAGAAACUCGGAUGUGGACUACAGACUCCUGGAAGCUGCUAAAGCUGGAGACCUGGACACCGUUAAGUCGUUGUGCACGGCUCAGAAUGUGAAUUGCAGAGAUCUGGAGGGAAGACACUCCACUCCCCUUCACUUUGCUGCCGGCUACAACCGAGUGUCCGUGGUGGAGUACCUGCUGCACCACGGGGCAGACGUGCAUGCCAAGGACAAAGGAGGCCUGGUCCCCCUCCAUAACGCCUGUUCGUACGGUCACUACGAGGUGGCCGAGCUGCUGGUCAGACACGGAGCCUCGGUCAACGUGGCCGACUUGUGGAAGUUCACGCCGCUCCACGAAGCCGCCGCCAAGGGCAAAUAUGAGAUCUGCAAACUGCUGCUGAAGCACGGAGCUGAUCCCACCAAGAAGAACCGAGACGGCAACACGCCUCUGGACCUGGUGAAGGACGGGGACACGGACAUCCAGGACCUGCUGCGAGGAGACGCCGCCCUGCUGGACGCCGCAAAGAAAGGCUGCCUGGCCCGGGUGCAGAAGCUAUGCAGCCCCGACAACAUCAACUGUCGGGACACGCAGGGACGCAACUCCACACCUCUGCACCUUGCAGCGGGCUAUAAUAACCUGGAGGUAGCCGAGUAUCUGCUGGAACAUGGAGCCGAUGUGAAUGCACAGGACAAAGGAGGGCUCAUACCUUUACAUAAUGCUGCUUCAUACGGGCACGUGGAUAUAGCCGCCCUGCUGAUCAAGUUCAACACCUGCGUCAACGCCACAGACAAGUGGGCGUUCACUCCCCUCCAUGAAGCGGCGCAGAAGGGGCGGACGCAGCUCUGCGCUCUGCUGUUGGCCCACGGAGCCGACCCCACCAUGAAGAACCAGGAGGGGCAGACGCCGCUCGACCUAGCAACGGCUGAUGACAUCAGAGCGUUGUUGAUCGACGCCAUGCCACCAGAUGCCCUGCCAAGCUGUCUAAAGCCCCAGGCCACUGUGGUGAGUGCUAGUGUGGUGAGUGCAGGUGCUGCAGGGGGCGUGGUCAUCUCUCCCUCCCCAUCCCCGUCCUGCCUGUCUGCCGCCAGCAGCAUAGACAACCUGAGCACGCCCCUCAGUGACCUCUCUGUGGGCGGGGCCACCGGACCAGCAGAUGGAGCGUCUGGGUCUGACAGGAAGGAAGGAGAAACUCUGCUCGACAUGACCAUCAACCAGUUCCUGAAGAGCCUGGGGCUGGAACACCUCAGGGACAUCUUCCAGCGGGAACAGGUGCAUUCCUUUAAGUGUUUAGGAGAAAACCAAAGUGAGAAGGAAAAGCAAAAGAUUUCGCUGGAUGUGCUGGCAGACAUGGGUCACGAGGAGCUGAAGGAGAUUGGCAUCAACGCUUACGGUCACAGACACAAACUCAUCAAGGGCAUCGAGAGGCUACUGGGAGGCCAGCAAGGUGCAAACCCGUACCUGACGUUCCACUGCUCCAGCCAGGGCACGGUGCUCAUCGACCUGGCAACGGACGACAAGGAGUUCCAGUCUGUGGAGGAAGAGCUUCAGAGUACUAUCAGAGAGCAUCGCGACGGAGGCAACGCAGGUGGAGUCUUCAGCCGGUACAACAUCAUUAAGAUUCAGAAGGUGGUGAAUAAGAAGCUCCGGGAGAGAUAUUCACACAGACAGAAGGAGAUAGCAGACGAGAAUCACAAUCAUCACAACGAGCGGAUGCUUUUCCACGGUUCCCCUUUCAUCAAUGCCAUCAUCCAUAAGGGCUUUGAUGAGCGACACGCCUACAUCGGGGGCAUGUUUGGCGCCGGGAUCUAUUUUGCUGAGAACUCCUCCAAAAGCAACCAGUACGUGUAUGGGAUUGGUGGAGGCACAGGAUGUCCCACCCACAAAGACCGCUCCUGCUACGUGUGCCACAGGCAGAUGCUGUUCUGCAGAGUGACGCUGGGUAAGUCUUUCCUUCAGUUCAGUGCGAUGAAGAUGGCCCACGCCCCCCCAGGACACCACUCAGUGAUCGGGCGACCCAGUGUCAAUGGACUGGCCUACGCAGAGUACGUCAUCUACAGAGGGGAGCAGGCUUACCCAGAAUACUUGAUCACCUACCAGAUCGUGAAGCCUGAGAGCCUUGCUGCACCGGCGGCCACCCCCGAACAAAAGUCCUAAAACGCUCUCUCAGCUCGAUCCGAAGACUGCAAUGGACCAGAGCCGCUUUCUGGGAGGACUAGAACUGAACUGGAGAAGGAUUCAAACCUCACACACACACAUUUAAAGUAUCCAAGUUGAACUUGUGGGGAGUGAGGGGAACUGUCGACCGGAUGGAUGUGUCUUACCAGGAGAAGAAGAGGACUUUCAGGAUGUUGGGGUGCUCAGUACAAAGCAGCAGAGAAACACAGAUUUUUUUAAUUAAUUUGGUCUUAUUUUGCUGGAGAAAAUGCAAAUGGUCUGAUCAACAUUUCUGGAGGUCUUCCAGUAAGCUUCUUUUUUUAAAUGUGCAGGCCUGCAGCUUGAUUAGCAAAACAAUUAAGAAAACAAUUCCAGCCGGACACGGUCCACAGCAAAACACAACACUGAUUUUGCUCUGCUGAUGCACUGUAAUCUACCCCCAGUUUUUAAACGUGUUGUUUUGAUAUUGUGUCCUCUUUUGACUCUGUGAAUCAUCCACAGCAACAACCCUGAGGCCACUUCAGAAAAAACAGCCAUUCCGUGCUGAGGGAACAGAAAUCCAGCACAUUUUACGUUACAUUCUCACCAUUUAGGGUCCAUGAAAACAAGAGGCAGCUCCCUGCGUUCUCUCACAUCUUUUUUUAAACAAAGGAGAAAGCACAAAACUAGUGCUAGCCGGGGGAAGUGAAAGAGAUUACAGCGGACAAACACCCAGCAGUCAAUAAGGAGAAAACAAACAGACUUCAAUCCAGUGGCGGCUGCAGACCUUCCAUUACAGUCCAUAUACCGGGACCAAACCUGAAAUCCACACGGACGAAAAUUGUUUUAAAAAUGUCGGCCAUAAAGAGACAAGCAGCAACCUGAGACACCUGUCAAUCAAGAAAACAUGCCCCAUUAUACUGCUUUCUCUGCCUUAAUCGUAAUGACUAAAGAAAUGGUGUUUUCCAUUAUAUCUUAUGCUUAUAUUACGCAGUUAGACAUGGUGGUUUGUUACAGCACAGCUCAUUAAAAACCAGGAACAAAUGGACCACAUUGUAAUUUGAAACCGGGAAUGACACUUAACUGCAUACAGCAAGCGCUAUGUUUAUCAACGCAGCUUGUAUGUCAUAUUAUGCGAAAUGACUGAAUAACAAAGAUAGAAAUAUUCAAAGUCAAGCCAUUUUUCUGUUACUCCCUUGGUGUGAGAAUCGACUGUUACCAACACAACUGAGAAAUAGUUAGGGGACAUUUUCACAGAGCCUAAUUCAGAAAACAACUUGAGGUAAUACCUUAUAAAGCCCCAGCAUGUCAUAAAUCAUGGUCUUGUCAAUAGCAGUUUAACAUUCACUGGAUGUAAUAUGGGUGACUAACUCCCUUAAACAUCUCCAGCAUCUUUUGGUUCGCUGUUUUAAUGUUUCUCACGUGGACCCUUGUGUUUACAACCUGCUGCCUUCUCUGCCUGUUACUGGUGAUGCCCCCCAGUGGUGCAAUAGAGGAAUUGGUGGCUGGUAGUAUUGCUAUGAGGAGAACAGGUAUACUCAGAGGUGGGAGAAGUACUCAUCUUGUACUUGAGUAAAAAUAGAAGUACCAGAGUGUAGGAAUACUCUGUUAUAAGUAAAAGUCCUGCAUUUAAAAUGUUGAUAAAGUAAAUCUUCAAACUAAAAGGUAUUAAAUAAAUGUAGUGGAGUAAAAUGACAAAGCGGCAUAAAUGGAAAUACUCAAAUAAGAUAAGAUAAGAUUCAACUUUAUUGUCAUUGCACAGAGUACAAGUACUAGGACAACGAAAUGCGGUCUCUGCAUUUGACCCAUCCUAGUGUUAGGAGCAGUGGGCUGCCAUUAUGUACAGUACCUCAAAAUUGUACUUAAGUACAAUACUUUCCACCUCUUAUAUCAGAAAGGCAUGUUUAUAAGGAUCAUUUCUGAACCGUGCUUUUUGUGUUUUUCUGAAGACUGUUCCAUUUUGUUUCUUCCUUAGAAUUGUUUUUACUUUAUGUGUUCUAUCUUGGUAAGCCAUUCAGCGGGCUGGUUACAGGCUUCUAAAGAUAAAUAUGUAAGCAGAGAUCUGCAGGUUGAAAAAGAGGAUAAUGAAUAUGUUAUACUUGAGGAUUAUUUCCCAUUUUUGUGACACACUAACGUGUAUGAAGAAAAAAGACCUCAUUACAUCAAGAUUUUUCAAGCUCCUCACAUUACGUACUGUACCCUUGAAUUGUUUGUUUUUUUACUGACCAUGGUUUUUUCCUGUUGAUAAUGUUGGAUUGAUGACACUACAUCACACGGGACCACACACAUUACGUGUUUCAUGUCCAUCAAAUCAAGCAGUGCUGAGUCUUUGAAAUUCCUUGGAGCUGUGUGGAAAUGGCCUUUAGAGUUUUGGAGAAUGGAUAGAUUGCCUUUAAAUUGCUUGGAAAUGUACUAUGAUAGAUUUAUACACAUCUAGCAGCUAUUACAAAAUACAUUUAGAGACAUCAGAGAGGGAUGGACUACAUGGGCCAUUCAAUCUGACAAAGCUGCUCUGAUAUUUUAUUUUUAACCUGAUUUUGUUAGCAUUACAGUGUCAGUAAAAGUCAGAUUUCAGUGGAUUUGCACUUUCAAGAACGAGUUGACGUUGGUCCGAGCUAAGUGCUAACAGACAUUGAAUCUAGUGUGAAGUGUGAGAGUGGCAGCACUGGGACAGAGUUUACAAAGCAUUCAGUGAAACUAUGCUUUAACACAAUAGUGAUUUUGUCUUGCACAUCAAGACCAGGUCCAUAAAAAUAUUGAUGCUCCUGAACUCUGUUGUUUUAAGAUCUGGUAUUUCACAACCCGGCUUAAAAGACAAAGUUCUCAUUAUAUGUCUAGAUUGGUGAACGACAAACAAUGCAAGUUUUUCGUAGAAUUAGACUGAAUAUUCAUUGUCCUGUUUUAUAUAUCUUUUAACUGUGUGUCCCUGAUCAGAGUGAGCUCUAAGACGAGGGUUUCAGAUGAAGUGGCAGCGGCACACAUUCAGAGCAGGUGGAGUUUAUGGUGUGACUUCAGGUCAGCAGCACUUUGGAAUUAUUAGCAGAAAGCUGUGGGCUUUGUUUUAAACGAGACUGUACAUAAACUAACUCCAGAUGGGCCUUUUAUAGAUGAUUUUAAAUGUAUUCUUUUUUUUUUUCCAUUUGAAAUACUUUUUUUUUAAUGUAAUUACUAUUUGACGUGUGAUCGAGCUGGCCUGUGUCUACUUCUGUCUCAAUGGUCAGUCAGCCUUUUGAUGUAAAUAGUGUGGAGGGGGUGUCCGUGCGAGCGUGCGUGUGUGUUCAAUCAACCCAUGCCUAUUCUUCUGACCUGCCUUCUACCAAACGGUUUAAUUAACACAUUUCCUCAUCAGUGACGUUUGACUUCCUGUUGUACAGACGGUUGUACAGAGCUGCUGACCAGCUAACGUGUGUAACAGAUACACUCCUAACUGUUGUACAGAAGAAAAUCUUAAUAAAAUAUCUUAACAAAGUGUA